AUGGACAUUGAUAUGGCCAAGCCAAUCUUGGACAGUAAAGUUGAGGACGAUCUCAUCGACUUCGAUACCGACAUGGUUGAUUCCAAUCAUGACCUGCAAAAGAACGACGACAACUUGGAGAGCAUGGAUAGAGAAAUGCAAGAAGACGAGGACGCUGUGAAUCAUGAAGCCUACGAGACGAACGGUAUCACGGGUGAAGAUGUAGACUUUGACCUACAUGAUGUCGAAGAUACCGCAAACAGUCCCGAACGUGUGGAUUAUGAAGUGACCGAGGCUCCUGAGCUUGGGACUCAGGGAUCGAUACAAACAGCUCAGCCACCCGACGAAGACGUGCCAGAAAGUGGAGAGAAUGUAGAAAUUUUGGAUGAAAUAAUCGUUCGUGGCGAUGCAGUGUCUGACGAUCAUGCAUCUGCACACGAGAUUGAUUACGAAUUUGAGGAUAAUGCAGAACCAGAAGACUCGCAUCAAGAUGAGAAAACUGCUGCCGCAAGCCCUGCAACAAGGUCUGAUCUAAACGGAGCAGCCGGUAAUGCUGAAGAGCAAGAUGACCAACAACCUGAGAAUGAUGCUACUGCAACCGGACAAGAGUUAUCCGACCACACUGGAGACGAGAAUGACAUGCCAAGCCACAAUGAUGAAAAUGAGCCUGGCGAUCUGAAGGAGGAAGAAGAGGAAGAAGAAGCAGAGCCCGAUUAUGAGGUUACGGCUGUUGAAGCUGAAGCCGAGGAUGCGAAGGCAGAUGAGUAUAGUGGUGAAAAUAUUCACACAUCCGGUGGCAACAACGAAAUACACGAUGGAAAAGAUGCGAAUGGUCAUGAAGAAACCACUACCUUGCCAACAGGGCAAAAUGACGAAAUUACCGAAGCUGUCGAGGAAGUUGAAGAUCACGGUUAUGACGCGGGUGAACAUGUCGCAGAUGCAUAUGACGAGCACACCACCACUGAUGCGGAUCAUGUGGAUCACUCAGUUACUGGAGAAGAUUCAAAUGGGAAGAUAGACGAGGGCUUUCCUGCUAUAACGGUACAGUAUAAAGGAGAUGAAUUUCCUAUGUUCUCCACCACCACCCAUGGUUUCUUUUCCGAUACUUCGGUUCUUGAUGAGCCACUUGAGAAGUUGAUUGCUGGUCUUCGGAGUGAGCUUGAAAAUGAGAUUGCCGAGGAUGAUGAUUUGGUACUCCAGGUCGAUGAGCUUGGCCUCGAACUUGUUGAGACAACCCAAGGCGAGACCAUGUCGAACGUGACACUCCGCCAGAUUCUUGAAAUUUUCGACCUUCUUGUCAAGAACCAGGACCCAGAUGGCUCACGCCCACUGUAUGCCUACCUUUUUACCAAACCUAACGCAGAAAAGCGCUUCGAGUAUCUCGUUGAGAGUGCUACGGCAGGGAAGGGGCUUGAUGAAGUUAUCCAUCUCUUCGAGACUCCCAUGACUGCUGAAACUAGUAUGCUGGAAACAGCUGCAACUAUCGAUGACGUUCAUGAGGAACUGGACGAGUUCGACAGCCCAAUUGAUGACGAACAUCACAGCGACAUAGAUGAAGCAGAAAAUGAGGAUGAAUACCUGGAAGACGAACAUGCGAACCCUAAUGCCAUUGGUUCCGAGGGUCAAGAGUUCAAAAACCUGGAAGUCGAUGACCAGGGAGUUGAUGGCCAGCAGGCCAGUUCCCAGGACGGCCAUGAGGAAGACGAUCGAGACAAUAUCAACGUUGCAACCGAAACUCAGAUUGAGAUAUCAGUUAAUGCUCCUGCUGUUGGUUCGGAGGACCCGGAGGCUGUCGAUGAGGACGGCCUUGAACAAAAUGGUAAAGCGACCUCAUCCUCUUCCACUUCCCUUUCUUGCUACUACCCCGACUUCUGCCUCUGUGCCCCCUGUGUAGCGGAGUAUGUCGAAGAUCACAACAAAGAUGAAGCAGAAUUCCGGAAAACUGUCAAGCGCAAUUACGGAGCCAUGCAAAUUCUUUCACCCAAAGUACAAUAUCUUCGUUCCCAUCAAUCCAAACAUCACCGCACCCUGUCUGACUUCAGCACAACGUAUUCUUUCACUAUUACUGACGAAUUUACUCCAGCACGAGCUGACAGCGAGAUUGACCCAUUUGCCAACUUCGAAUUAGACGAGGAAGCCGAGUUCAAUGGAGACAUCGCUCUUGAAGAGAAUACAGAGACCCAAGAUGGGGUCAACGCUGAUGCCGAGCCAGAACCACUCCAUGCACAAACUAAUGACACGAGCACUACAACCACUCUUCAAGAGGAGGAAGAAGCGUCCUCUUUCAACGUUGACCUCGGAGAGGCUUCUGCGACAGUAGAGACAGCCGAGAAACGGAAGACCGACGAUGAAGACCUGGACGAAAUCGACUGGAGAGAUGAACAUGAGCCAGAAGACCAAGCACCAAGCACUCCUUCGGCUGCUGGUAAACGACCCCGUGGUGGUGACGAUGAUGGAAAUGCAGAGGAUGAGCAAGAUGCCAAGCGCCCUGCCGGUAAUAUGAUGCCCAGUGGCUAUCUGAACUCGACAGUCAGGUCCUUGACCUUUGUCGUUGUUCUCAACGCUAUUGUCGCAGAAGUUUUCCUGGUGACACCCAUCAUACCAGCGGAUUCUGGGUAG